UGCAUGUUUGCACAGGCCUUGGUUGUUGGCACAGUCCUGACCAACACACAUCACGUGCAACAUUGAGUGGUCCACAGUUGGACUUUUACAAACCCCUUGUCCUCAGGUCCGGUCUGCCCAGUAAAGACAGCCUCUCGGAGUAGCCUCUGCCACACUCUCGUCUCCUUCAGCUGUUUGUGCUUGGCUCCUCAGUCUAUAUCUCUUAUUUCUAGGCGCCCUCUCACAGCACCAUGCCAGCCAAAACUGCAACGCUCAAAGCCAAGGGGCUCAUCUUUGAUCUCGACGGCACCCUGAUCAGCACCCUGGAGGUUACAGAGAAGAUAUACACAAAGCACGCCGCUAAAUACAACAUUGACCCGGCGCCCAUCCUUGCCCAUUGCCAUGGGGUGCCGACACAGGAGGUGCUGAAGAAGUUCUAUCCUACCGAGAUGCACACGGUUGAGAAGGCACUGGAGCUCGAGAAGGAGGCUGCUGAGAUUCUCGACGGGGUGAGGGUAAUUCCAGGUGCGUCAGAGCUGCUGGCGUCGCUGCCGGCCGAGCGCUGGUCGAUUUUCACCUCCGGCCUGCCACUUCUGGCGCACCCGCGCAUGAGGCGCUUGCAGCUGCCCAUCCCCAGUGUGUUUAUUACGCCGCUCGACAUUACCAAUGGAAAACCCCAUCCCGAGGGAUACAUUCGCGCCGCCAAGGACCUAGGGUUCAAUGCCAAGGACUGCAUCGUAUUUGAGGACGCGCAUGCAGGCACCAAGGCCGGCCAUGAUUCGGGUGCCACCGUCAUUGGUAUCCGGACGCUGCUCUCGGAAGCGCAGCUCAAGGAGGCCGGUGCCGACUAUACGGUCCGGGACAUGUCCAGGGUGUCUGUGUGCGUCGACCAGACCACAGGCGACCUAACUAUCACACUCAACGAGGAGUAAAGCAAGAAAGUGCUUUAUCAAUUAGACGGAAUAAAUGAGCAGUGUUUUCGUAUUUCCAGCAUGCAAUUGCCAGCUCCGCCUUCUAAUGAACCCACUCGCUCCGGAUCAGGAUCGGAUCUGGCGAUCAACAGCCCGAAAAACGCGCAGCCAGCCUCAGGUCCUCCUUUUCUAGCUGCUGGGCUCCAACAACAGCACAGCU